GGAAGAUAAAGUGCAAGGUGCUCUGUGAAGACUGUAACAAGUUAGAUGCCUUUCAAGACCUAGAGUAUCAUCCUUUGGAUAGUUUCAUUGAAGUAAUAUUUGCCUGUGUAAAAGCUUGCUGUCUUUGUACGUGCUUUGGAGCAAAGCAAAAGAACACAAGCUCCUCUACUUAUGCUCAUCAGGCUGAAUCUGGACCAGAGCCAAUCCAGAAAUACAGCCAAGUUAGCUCGGUGCUUUGUUUGAGCUACUGUGUCAUGCUACAGAGCAUCGCGAUCAGAGCAGGAGCUCUGCUGACAGUGGAGCAUGUGAAGAAUGAUGUCGAAAUUUCGGUGGAAGAAGGCAAAGAAACCAUUCUCCGUGUGUCCGAGCAUGUUUCAUUUACUGAUGUGAAUUCAAUAGCUCGUUACCUGGCUAGAGUUGCUGAUUCUGCUGGGUUGUAUGGUUUGAAUCUGUUGGAACACACUGAGAUUGACCAUUGGCUGGAGUUUAGUGUUACAAAGUUAUCUACUGCCAGCCAGUUUCUUUCAGCAGUCCAAGAGCUCAACCACUGUCUGUCUUUGAGAACUUAUUUGGUCGGAAACUCUCUGAGUCUCGCGGACUUGUGUGUCUGGGCUGUACUAAAAGAUAAUAACAUAUGGCAAGAGCAAUUACAGCAAAACAAAGCUCCUGUCCAUGCAAAGCGAUGGUAUGGCUUUCUUGAAGUACAGCGUGCUUUUCAGUCAGUAGGAGCCAAGUGGGUUUCUGGUACACCAAAGGUUAAAAUGGCAACAGAAAAGAAAGCAGAUGUUGGGAAGUUUGUUGAACUUCCUGGUGCAGAGAUGGGAAAGGUCAUUGUGAGGUUUCCUCCUGAAGCAAGUGGAUAUCUGCAUAUCGGUCAUGCCAAAGCUGCCCUGCUAAAUCAGCACUACCAAGUUAACUUUAAAGGAAAGCUUAUUAUGAGAUUUGAUGACACAAAUCCAGAAAAAGAGAAAGAAGACUUUGAAAAGGUUAUUCUUGAAGAUGUUGCAAUGCUGCACAUCAAACCAGAUCAAUUUACAUAUACCUCAGAUCACUUUGAAACAAUAAUGAAAUAUGCUGAGAAGCUUAUUCAAGAAGGGAAGGCAUAUGUGGAUGAUACUCCUGCAGAACAAAUGAAAGCAGAGCGUGAGCAAAGAGUGGAAUCUAAACACAGAAAUAACUGUGUUAAUAAGAAUCUACAAAUGUGGGAAGAAAUGAAAAAAGGAACAGAAUAUGGACAAACUUGUUGUCUACGAGCAAAAAUAGAUAUGAGUAGUAACAAUGGAUGUAUGAGGGAUCCAACUCUUUAUCGUUGUAAAAACCAGCCUCACCCACGUACUGGAAGUACCUACAAGGUUUAUCCCACAUAUGACUUUGCCUGCCCCAUUGUUGACAGUAUUGAAGGUGUCACACAUGCAUUGAGAACAACUGAAUACCAUGACAGAGAUGAGCAAUUCUACUGGAUCAUUGAGGCACUGGGCAUAAGGAAACCAUAUAUAUGGGAGUAUAGCCGGCUAAACCUCAACAACACUGUGCUCUCUAAGAGAAAGCUUACGUGGUUUGUCAACGAAGGGCUUGUGGAUGGAUGGGAUGACCCAAGAUUUCCUACUGUGCGUGGUGUCCUAAGAAGAGGCAUGACAGUUGAAGGGCUAAAACAGUUCAUUGCCGCUCAGGGUUCCUCUCGAUCUGUUGUGAAUAUGGAGUGGGAUAAAAUUUGGUCCUUUAACAAAAAGCUGCGAGCUAUCUGUAAGAAGGUUAUAGAUCCAGUAGCGCCUCGGUACACUGCUUUACUGAAAGAUGCAGUGGUCCCAGUAAAUAUUCCUGAAGCUGAAGAGGAGAUGAAAGAAGUGGCUAAACAUCCAAAGGUUCUCACUUUACUCUCUUAA